AUGUCGCAUCCUGAGUCUGGCGACGAAGAGGACUCCCUGUCCCCUCCUCCGAACAAUGCAGCAAGGAGAGAGGGAGCGCCAAAUCUACCGUCAGUCAGUGGGAUGUAUUCUCACUCAGAUCUAUCAACAGUGGCGGACGGGACUAGCCCAUCAUCAGGAAUCAACGGCAGCAGUUCGCAGCAAUCACCGGCCGGCGGUUCGUCUUUUUACGGCCACGGAAGCUGGCCUACGCCGGUGGCCCCGGGCAGCUACGGUUAUUCGGGCAACAAUUCCACCUCCGGGGCCUUCCAACGACCUAUUCCCUUCAAUUUUACCUCCCCACUCCCACAGUAUCACGGGCGAACCUCAUCAUCCCCAGCUAACGGCGGGGCCUUGCCGAGCGUCUCAGCAUACCAAGGUCAUCCGCCGUUCUCCAGUUCAGCAGGCGGCGGUGGUGGUGGCGGCAGUGGUGUGAACGGAGGCGGGGGGCUAGGAACCAACGGUGCUGGCGGAAACAACGCUGGUGUGAAUGGGAGUGCUGGCUCUUUGGUUCUUUACGGUUCAAGCAUGCCUUCCCACUCCCAGGAGUCACCAUCACCGUCGGUUCUUGCUUUGCCCGAUCUCGCAGGUCAGGGCCAGGCAGCACCUCAGUCGUCGACGAAUCGAGGUUCACCGCCGGUCGGGUCAGAGUACCGUUCACCUUCGGCGUCUUACUACCCAACAGCGUCGUCGCCGCAGCAAGGGACGUUCCCUUAUGCCUCCCAGCCCGGACCAUCCCCGAACGCCACGGGUGGGCCUCUCCCUGGGAGAAACCCCCUAGGUCCUCUGAUGCCAGGGAUGCAUUCUCCGAUAUAUGCCGGAUCCCAUCGGCCUCAUCACCAGCCCCCAGCCACGUAUCCUCCGUACCCAAGCAUGCAGGGCUCGAUGAUGACCAAUUUGCAUCAGCCAAACCAGCCCAUGGUGGUGUAUGGUCAUGUUUCUCAUCCGUAUCCCAUUCACAACUACGCGGGAUACCACCACCCGCAACCGCCGCUGCAAGAUCGUCCUUUCAAGUGUGAUCAGUGCAACCAUAGCUUCAACAGAAACCAUGACCUCAAGAGGCAUUCAAGGAUACACUUGGCCGUCAAGCCUUUUCCAUGUGAUAACUGCGAAAGGACCUUCUCGAGGAAGGAUGCACUCAAGCGGCAUAUGUUGGUCAAGGGAUGCCUGUCCAAGGACAAAGGCAAGGGUAAGGGCAGAGACAGGGACAAGGACAAGGACAGGGACAAUGCCGCGGCUCCCAGAAAUGCAAACGCUCAAGGCGAGAGCCCACCUACGAGUGACGGGGAUUCCUCUAGCCCGACGGCUUUGAGGAAGAGGCAGUAG